CCUCUAAAGCGCCCAAGCACCUCUCACCUCGUCUCCUCUGGGUCGAUCGUGGUACAACUUUGUAUACUUAGAUGAGCCUCCACUCUCCCCGCCUCGGCCUAGGUUGCGAAUAGAAUGAAACCUUAUGCGCACCGGCCGUUUCCUGACCGUUCAAUUGGGACCUUGAGACGGAUCAUAGCCGUGUUUGGGGCCCCGUACGGCUCCGAAAUUGAUGUCGAACAUUCCUGGCCAUAUCACGAAAUCCGGAGUAUUGAACGGUUGACAGGUUGCGCAAUGAAGAUGGGAAUUGACGACGUUGUUGUAUAUGGCUGGCAUCGAGGACAAUAUGAAGGCAUACAAGAAGGCGAGAUGGUGCUCGCAAUGUCUGAAAAGAACCAAGUCCUUCGACCACAGAGACCAGGGCGAGCACAUAGUACCUGGAUAAUCACAGGCGCACUAUCCAGGUAACCAGGCGGUACUUUUUUCCUCCCACUUCACAGCUACCGUAGCCACCAUGGCGCCUCGAACGUUGUCCAACUUUGACAACAUCAUCCUCAACACAGACACAUACAAGCAUUCGCACUGGAACCUGUACCCGCCCGGGACCAGCCAUGUGUCCAGCUACAUCGAGUCCCGUGGAGGGAUAUACCCGGCACACCUCUUUAUUGGACUGCAAGCCUUCAUCAAGAAGCAUCUCUUGCGACCGGUGACCAUUGACGACAUCGACGAGGCCGAGAUCGUCACACGCCAGCACCAAAUCCCAUUCAACCGAGCCGGCUGGCUGGGGAUCGUCAACGACCACAACGGCUACUUGCCUGUUGAGAUCGAAGCCGUUCCCGAAGGCACUGUGCUGCCCAUCAAGAACGUCCUUGUGCAGAUCGUCAACACGGAUCCCAAGUAUCCCUGGGUCACGAGUUUCAUUGAGACUGCCCUGCUUCGAGCGAUCUGGUACCCGACCUCAGUGGGAACCAUCAGCUGGCUGGCCAAACAGCUGAUCCGCGAAGCCCUCGACAAGACAUCCGACCAUCCUGAGAUUCUCCGAGACGUAUUGCAGGACUACGGUGCGCGAGGCGUGAGUUCGCAGGAGUCAGCCGCGAUCGGCGGCUUGGCCCAUCUCGUCAACUUCCGACAAACCAACACGAUUUCCGGCUCUCUGGCCGCAACGCUGUACUACAACGCGCUGAACCCGGCCAUCUCCCAACCCAACUCGGAGCACUCGACCGUCACGGCAUGGGGACGAGAGAAGGAAUGGGAGGCCCACGCCAACCUAAUCGAGCAGUACAAGGGGUGGGCGUUUGUCGUUGCCGUGUCAGACUCUUACGAUCUCGAGGGCGCGGUCAACGACAUUUUCGGCACGAAACUCAAAGAUGCAGUUAUCCAGAGCGGAAGCACAAUCCUAGUCCGUCCCGACUCGGGCGAUCCCGCCACCGUGAUCUCCGAAACCCUUGAAGGCCUGAUCAACAAGUUCGGCUCGACCACCAACUCCAAGGGCUACCGCGUGCUACCAGACUACAUUCGUGCGGCUCAAGGUGACGGCCUCACGCUCGCCACGCUGAAAGAAAUCUACGCCGAGCUCGACCGCCGCCGCAUCGCCGCCGACAACAUCUACUUGGGUAUGGGCGGUGGUCUGCUGCAGUACAUCAACCGCGACACUCUUGCUUUCACCCAAAAGGCGAACGCCAUCAAUAUUAAUGGCGAAUGGCGCGACAUUUACAAGCAGCCCAAAUCCGACAAUGCAAAGACCUCCAAGCGCGGUAGGUUGGCCCUCGUCAUCCGCGACGGCGAAUAUAAGACGAUCCGUAAGGAAGAGCAAGUCGAGGGGGAUGUCAAUUUGCUCCGUCCGGUGUUCCGCAAUGGGAAGUUGCUUGUCAAUCAUAACUUUGAGGAUAUUAUCGAGAGAAGCGAGAAGCCGGUGCCGCGGUGGUAUUAUGAGCCUGUGUGGGCGGAGAAAAAGGACCUGGUCAAUGGGUCAAAAUAGGCUUGCUUACUACGAACUUUGGGUAGAGUGAGACUAGGUGGUGCUUCUUUGAAGAGUGUGGCUUCAACAGGAUUGCCUAAGGGACUUGUCAAAAAUAAGAAAAUUGGUUUGCUCGGUACUAUAUGUAUAUUCUCCUGAAAUCACGAUGUUUUCUGACCGCAAGAAAAUAUUACUUCCGUUUUAACAUAC